GCAAAGGAUAUUGACUAUGUCGUCUGCUCACUGACCGUUUCGCUGGCUCCCGUCACCUGAACUUCGCAUGCAACCUGAUAAUCCCUUUCACAGCGGUAUUCUGCAAUAUUCUAGUGGCACCUUCUAGUCCUUUUCCGGGCUGAAUGGCUGAACGACAGAGGUUCAACUUCUGAAUCCCAGAAAUUGACGCCCAUGCAACGUGUUCUAUAACCUUGAUCAUUACGCAAUUCCGGCGCCCCUUCGGUACUAGAAGGAUAAAGGGACCAUUCAGAGCGCCAUCUUGUGUCCCGCUUUCCCUCAGUCUUCUUGCGCUCAGCGAUCCCUACCCGGUCUGGUCAUCAACAGAACAAUCAACGUUGUUGUUCUUGCUACAAUUCUGAUGACAUCCUUGGCCUCUGUAUUUAGUGGGCGCAAGGCGUCUUUUGACACGACAUGGCGUAGCUGGAAUGCGAGUGCGACUGCGUGACUAGCGCCUAUCAAGGCAAUGCUCAAAGACGCCGCGACCCAGGUCGCAGGCAUCGCUCAGAUGCUCGAUGAGAUGGAAGACAAUCGGAGAGGAUUGGCUCUCAAAGUUACCUGUGUUACAGAAGAGGUCCUCAAGCGUUUCCCACCUGCAGGCCCGGCAGAUGAGAGUGCGACUUGUAUCAUCACGACACUUGCCAGGUAUCUGGGAUCAACACGUUCUUCCAGAUGUCCUCGUCAACGCUCAUAGUCAUGGACAUUCAGACGGUAGCGCAAAAGAUUAGGAGGUAUCACAGACAACUUGAUUCUCUCAGGCUGCAAUGCGUGGAAAUGCGAAUCACGAUGUUAAGUCAGAGGGGCAUGCCCGCUGGGUCACUUGCAUCACCAAAGUAGCCAGGCUCUUCGGACUUGCUGCAAUAUCCUGGUCUAGUCCCCCAACGCCACUUGUUCUCGAUGUUCCACCCAAGCCAGAUGCCUUCUACGGCAGGGAGGAGCUCGUGGCCUCCAUUAUUGAGCUCCUCCUCCAAGAGAAACCCUGUCGAGUCCCCCUGCUUGGUGUGGGAGAAUCGGCAAGACAUCCGUCGCACUUGCUUCCAUCAAUGAUGAGAACACCAAGCAACGAUAUGGAGAAAGCAUAUGCUUCCUCAGUUGUGAAGGCAUUGUAUCUGAAGAAGGUCUUGUAAAUGCCCUGGCCGCACGCCUCGGAAGACGACAAGACGCCAACACGCGCCCAGCCGUCAUAGCACAUCUUGCUUCCCUCGGCCGCGCUCUCCUCGUGCUCCACAAUCUUGAGGCGACUGCGCAGAGGGACAGGCAGCAUAUGGCCCAAUUCCUUAGGAGAUUUGGAGCCAUACAAGGACUUUCACUCAUCAUCACCAUGAGAGGGACUCUGCCGCCUGACGGCGCUACGUGGGACGGCCUACCCCCAUUGGCGACGCUCUCACUCGGAGCGGCGCGUCAGAUCUGGAUGCAGAUCUCGAAGAAGAUGGAUGAUAAAUUGGAUGAGCUGCUGGAACGACUGGAUGGACUUCC